AUGCCGUUUUUUUCAUCGUCUAAGGGGAAGGACAAGAGCAAAGAUUCGAGAGAUGCGCUCGAAAAUAAGAACACAAAGGAAACGUUAGCCGCUAAGAACACAAAGGAAUCGAUAGCCACCUUAAAGCUUAAGUAUGAUGCUCAUCCGGACGGCAUGCGCCGGGCUGUAAGUAUGAAAAAUGUCACAGACGCCCUGCACCUCACUCAUCUGGUGGCCAAGAGUAGGUUACCAUCUAAUAAGAGCUUCAAGGCUUUAACAG